ACGACUUCACCACCGCGCGGACUAGGGCAGAAGGGCGGGAGCCGAGGGAGGGCUGGACCAGAAGCCCUGGGGUGCCAGAGCUGGCGGGAGCCGGACCCAGAGCUUCUGUAGCCACCCGUCCCUGGGCCAGGUCAUGCGCUGCCCCAAAUGCCUUCUCUGCCUGUCAGCGCUGCUCACGCUUUUGGGCCUCAAAGUGUACAUCGAGUGGACUGCCGAGUCUCGGCUUAGCAAGGCCUACCCAGGACCCCGGGGCACCCCGCCAGGCCCCACUCCAUCCAGCCCUGAGCCCACCCUGCCGGCUAACCUCUCAGCCCGUCUGGGUCAGACUGGCCCACUGCCCUCGGCUUACUGGAACAUGCAACAGUGGCGGCUGGGGGCCCUGCCCAGUGGGGACAGUGCUGAGGCGGGGGACUGCCGGGCUUGGGGGGCUGCUGCUGCUGCCGAGAUCCCCGACUUCGCCUCCUACCCUGAGGACCUCCGCCGCUUCCUGCUGUCAGCAGCCUGCCGAAGCUUCCCACGGUGGCUCCCUGAAGGUGGCAGUGGCCAAGUGGCCAGCUGCACAGAUAUGGAUGUUCCGUACCUGCUGUUGGCUGUCAAGUCGGAACCAGGGCGUUUUGCAGAACGGCAGGCUGUGAGGGAGACAUGGGGUGGUCCGGCUCCCGGUAUCCGGCUGCUUUUCCUGCUGGGGUCCCCAGCAGGUGACAGGGGGCCUGACCUAGGCUCCUUGGUGGCCUGGGAGAGCCACCGCUACAGUGACCUGCUGCUCUGGGACUUCCUUGAUGUCCCCUUCAACCAGACGCUCAAGGACCUGCUACUGCUGGCCUGGCUGGACCGCCACUGCCCCGGCGUGAGCUUUGUCCUACAAGCUCAGGAUGACGCCUUCGUGCACACCCCUGCCCUGCUGGACCACCUGCGGGCCCUGCCACCCAGCUGGGCCCGAGGCCUCUACCUGGGUGAGGUCUUCACCCAGGCCAAGCCCCUCCGGAAGCCUGGAGGACCCUUCUACGUGCCCGGGUCCUUCUUUGAAGGUGGCUACCCGGCCUAUGCAAGUGGCGGUGGCUAUGUCAUCGCUGGGCGCCUGGCACCCUGGCUGCUGCAGGCAGCAGCCCGUGUGGCCCCCUUCCCCUUCGACGACGUCUACACCGGCCUGUGCUUCCGUGCCCUGGGCCUGGUGCCCAGGGCUCACAAAGGCUUCCUCACAGCCUGGCCAGCAGACCGUACCGCUGACCCCUGUGCUCUCCGAGACCUGCUGCUGGUGCGGCCCCUUGGCCCCCAGGACAGCAUCCAGCUCUGGAAACAGCUGUGGGACCCUCAACUCCAAUGCUGAGCCCUCUGGCCUGGGCCCUGGGUGGGGCCUCUGUGCCUGCCCCUUGCUCAGCCUCUCCUUCUAGGCUUUGGUGUGAGGAAGGAGAUCCUAGAAUUGCACAGCCUGAGUCCCUCCUGGGCCCCCCCAGGCCAGGGGACUGGGCAGCAAGAAGAGGCAGACUAUUUUUGUCUUACUUUUUGUUUUUGAAAAAUAUGCACUGCCUGCUCUGAGGCCUAGAGUUGUUUUUGCACCUGAGGGGCCCCAGAGAAGUUUAGAGAGCAGAAUUCAGCCACACCCUGAGCUUCACACUCAACACCCUCCCCACCCUGACUGGGCAGGGCCAGCUCCAAUGGCCUACUGGUCACCUUGCUGGACACCAGGCUUGCCCCGUGCUAUGGGAGAGCAGGAGACCAUCUGUGGAGGAUCCCCCACAUCCUAUCUUCUGAGGCUGACUCUCCAGCUUGCGCAAGUUUCUGGGGGAAGCAGAUAUUUCAACGGCUUUGGCCGCAUUUAUCUAAAGUGCAGAAGCAGGGAGUGGUCCCAAACCAGUCGUUCUGGACUCUCUUCUCACGUCCAAAACUCCAGGAAACAGAAACCGGAGGUGGCACAGAGCCAAAUGCAGAGACACAGUUUAUUCACUAGCUGCUGACCGCCUCUCACUCUGAGAAAGUUCCACAGGCUGACCUGCCACACCCAGCCCCAGCCCAGAGGGGCUUCCAGUCCUGGAGGCGCCCUCGCCCAGCUCCGGGGGAGAAGGCACUGUAACAACAGGUGAAGAGGGGGCUGACAGAGCCCCCUCCCCAAUGUAACAGCCUGGAGGAGCAGGGCCGGUGAGGGGAGCCACCCCCUGUUACCGUCUUGGGCACUGCCCUGGCCCCUGAGUAUUUUGGAGGGAGCUGGCUGGGGAACGGGGGGAGCAUCAUGCAGCUCCCUCCACCCCUCAGCGUGGGGCUGCCUC